UCCAGCGGGGCGUCCCCACCUCUCUCGGAGCCGCCGGUGCCCCGCAGGGCCAGACCUCCCGUCCCUGUCGGAACAGCUCCCCGGGAAGAGCCCAGGCGGCGACCCCGCUGCGCCCCAAACCCCGCGCCCUCCGGAGGGGGCGCAGGCAGAGGAGCGGGAGGCGGUGGUGGAGUGAGACCCGGCGAAGAUGCUGCUGCCCUGGGCGCUUGGGCUCGCCCUGCUGCUGCCCUGGGCGGCAGGUGGGUUAGGGAACGCGGCCAGUGCGAGGCAUCAUGGCUUGUCAGCGUUGGCCCUGCAGCCUGGGCUGUGUCACUAUGGGGUGAAGCUGGCCUGCUGCUAUGGAUGGAGACAGAGCAGCCGGGGCGUCUGUGAAGCUGCCUGUGAACCUGGAUGCAAGUUUGGUGAGUGCGUGGGACCGAACAAAUGUCGGUGCUUUCCGGGAUACACCGGGAAGACCUGCAGUCAAGAUGUGAAUGAGUGUGGCAUAAAGCCCCGGCCAUGCCAGCACAGGUGUGUGAACACACACGGCAGCUACAAGUGCUUCUGCCUCAGCGGCCACGUGCUCAUGCCAGACGCCAGCUGUGCGAGCUUGCGGACGUGCGCCGUGACGAACUGCCAGUACGGCUGUGAGGACGCCCAGGAAGGGCCGCGCUGCCUGUGCCCGUCCUCGGGGCUCCGCCUGGCGCCCGGUGGAAGAGUCUGCAUCGAUGUCGAUGAGUGUGCUGCCCAGAGAGCCGUCUGCCCCUUCAAUCGACGGUGCAUCAACACAUUCGGGAGCUACUACUGCAAGUGUCGUGUUGGUUUCGAACUGCAGUACAUCGGUGGCCGAUAUGACUGUGUAGUUAUCCCUGAAGAUUCUGUGAAGAAAGUGCUCAGAGCUCCUGGGGCCAUCAAGGACAGGAUCAAGAAGUUGCUUGCUCACAAAAACAGCAUGAAAAAGAAGGAGAAAAUGGAAAACGUCAUCACAGAGUCCGCCCCUUUCGACUCUGAAUCAACAAUUUCCAGAGCUGGGAAACCUACCGGGGGAAAAAGAGAGAGCAUGGAGAGAAAGAGAGAGGGGCUUGAGGAAGAGAAGAGCGACGAGAAGACCCCGAAGAGCCACACAGAGCAGGAGCGGCGGCUUCGAGGAGACGUGUUCUCCCCCAAGGUGAAUGAAGCAGAUGAACUCGAUCUGGUUCUAAUACCCAAAAAAGCUGUAGUUUCCAAACUGGAACGCAAAGCAGAUUUAAAUGUCUCAGUCGACUGUAGCUUUGACCAUGGGGUCUGUGACUGGAAACAAGAUACCGAAGAUGAUUUUGACUGGAAGCCUGCUGAUCGAGAAAAUGCUGUCGGCUACUACAUGGCCGUCCCCGCCUCGGCGGGGCAGAAGAAGGACAUCGGCCGAUUAAAGCUUCUCCUCCACGACCUGCAGCCCCAGCGCUACUUCUGUUUGCUCUUCCAUUACCGGCUGGCUGGAGACAAAGUAGGGAAACUCCGAGUGUUUGGGAAGUGCAACGGCAACACCCUGACGUGGGAGGAGGCCAGGAGCGAGAGUGACCGCUGGAAGACGGGGACAAUGCAGUUCUGCCAAGGCACGGGCGUGGCCAAAAGCCAGAUCAUUUUCGAAGCAGAGCGUGGCAAGGGCAAGACUGGAGAGAUCGCGGUGGACGGCGUGUUGCUGGUUUCUGGCUGGUGUCCGGCUCUGUGAUCUGCGGGCGGCCAAACGGUGCUGAUGCGCUUCGUGACUGGCUAGUUAGCGUGCUGUGCUGGUUCUCUGGUUUUGGUUUUUUUUUUUGUUUUUUUUUUUUUGAUAUUACAUCAUAGAUGCCCCAUUUUAGAAGCACAGAAUGCAAAAUUGCAUUGUACUACAAUUAUAAGAUGCCUUUUCUCAUUAAAACACACCAGCGUUUGCUUUAAAUAUAAUGCUAUCU